AUGACAGUUGUUGGGAACAACGUCUUGGCUGAGAAGCCUUCGGGCGCUUCCGCUCCGGAACUUUACAGAUCUGUGCCUAAGCGCAGGACUUUGGCACAAACCGCAUCCUUUCAUCUCAAGACUCUCUAUCUAUUUACUAGGAGCGAUAUCAAGACCGUACUAGCGCCUCAAAUCAUCUUCAUCACAGCAGCUGUGUUCAGUCGGGAAUCACUCACGACAGCAAUCGAUCAGACGAAAUACUCCAAUAUUCAGAGACUACCCCUGGCAAUCCUAUGGAUAUGGCUCAACUUGAUCGUGUGCGGUAUCUCAAACCAGCGACUCGCGGACUCCAUCGUCGAAGAUGAGCAUAACAAACCCUGGCGGCCACUGGCUGCGAAGCGGUUGACGCCCGCACAAGCACAACGACUUCUUCUCGGCAUGAUACCUCUCGUGGUUACAGUAAGCGCGCUUAUGGGUGGAUUCAAACCGACGAUAUCGAUGAUGACGCUUCUAUGGAUGUACAACGAUCUCGACGGGAGCAGUAUCAACAUCUGGGCGCGCAACGCGAUCAACACGGGCGGCAUCAUGUGUUUCAGUACUGGGGCUUUGGAGGUCAUCUCCGGCGGUGAUCUCCUUCCGAAGGCGUGGGCUUGGAUCGGGGUGACCGGGGCCGUCAUUGCCACUACAGUCCAAGCGUUGGACUUCCCAGAUAUGGAGGGAGAUCAAGCUAGGGGUCGCAAGACCAUUCCGCUGCUCUAUGGCGAGGGCAUUGCUCGGGGCGGGCUGGCUGUGAUGGUCUUGCUGUGGUCUACUGCGUGUCCACUGUUCUGGAACCUCCAACCGGCGGCCUGGGCGGCUCCUAUUGGAGUGGGAGCCUUAAUGGCUGCAUUGACUUUGGUGAGGCGGAAUGAGAAGUCUGACGAUAUUGUAGCGAAGCUAUGGUGUCUGUGGCUGGCUGUCUUAUAUGUCCUACCUCUUUUCGCAGCGUAA